AUGCCGCCGCACUCCUCCUCAACUCCCGACCUCCCCACCCUCCUCCACACCCUCCAGCACGCCCUGCAAACCAACCCCUCAAGCGCGCAAAGAGAGCUCUCAACCGCCAAGAUCGCCCUCCUGCACUCCAACGCCCUGAUCCCCAGCGCGCAAACCGCGACCUCGACCCUGCAAACCGCGCGCUCCAUACUCGAAACCGGCGCCCUGAUAUCCAUCCACCUCAAAGACCCCUCCGCCUUCGUGCGCUACUGGUCGCAACUGCAACCCUUCUACGACUACUCGGCUCCGGACUACAGCCCGAGCCCGGACCGGAGUAAGAUUACGGGGUUGUAUCUGCUGUUGCUGCUGAGCCAGGGCGAUUACGCCGCGUUCCAUACGGUGCUCGAGGGCCUGGUGGCGGCGGAGGGCGAGGGCGGGAGCGGCACCGGGAGCGGGAACGCGAGCAUAGUGGAGAACGAUCCGUACAUCAGGUAUCCGGUGGAGCUGGAGCGGAGUCUGAUGGAGGGGAGCUAUGAUCAGGUGUGGAAGGACACGAUGGGGGAGGGGGUGCCAGGCGACGAGUUUGCGCUGUUCUCGCAGGAUUUCCUGCACACGAUCCGCCGCGGGAUCGGCUCGUGCGCGCAGUCCUCCUACCCCUCCCUCCCCAUCUCCUCGGCCAAGAACCUCUUCUUCCUCGACUCGGAAGGCGCCGUCGUCGAUUUCGCGCGGGAGAACGGCUGGAGCGUCGAGGAUGGGAGGAUAUACUUCCCCAAGGUGGAUGAGCUGGGUGCUGCUGCUGUUGCUGGUGGCGAGGAGGGUGUUGUUGGUGAGAUCGGAGGCGAUGUGGGCGCGCAGAAGGAGACGAUCCAGAAUAUGGUCGGGUAUGCUAGGGAGUUGGAGAUGAUUGUUUAA